AUGCUGGCCUCUUCAUCACACUCCGUCGCCGCAGCAGUUCUGCUGGCGUCCUCCCUGGUCUCCACCGUCUCGGCCGCCACAUGGUCUCAAAGUGCCGUGGUAAAGGGCAAUGACUUUUUCAACGACUUUGACUGGUUCACCGACAAGGACCCAACCAACGGCCUUGUCAACUACCAGUCCCAGGCCAAUGCUCGAGCUCAGAAUCUCUCGUUCGUCGAUAAGCAAGGUCACUUUGUCAUGGCCGUCUCUACCACUCCCGUCGCGCUUCAAGGCCGGAACAGCGUGAGGAUCACGUCCAAAAACAGCUACUCGGACGGUGUUUACGUUCUCAACGUCACCCACGUCCCACUCGGCUGUGCCACCUGGCCUGCCUUCUGGACUGUCACUGAGAACAUCGACUCUUGGCCCAACGGAGGCGAAAUUGACAUUAUGGAAAACGCAAAUGACCAAUACCCUGCCAACCUCGUUUCUGUCCACACCAACACGUCAUGUACCAUCCCCACCACCAUCUCUGGCCAAUCCGGUACGGUGGCAUAUUCCAACUGCUCCGCCUAUCAGCCUUCCAACCCGGGCUGCCGAGUCGAGACCAACGGCACCUCGACGCCUACCUGGGGUCGUGCCCUCAACCGAGCCGGAGGAGGUAUCAUCGCCAUGGAGCGCUCCUUUGGUACCACGGGCAAAGGUGUUCGCGUCUGGUACUUCCCCAACAACAAGCCUUCCGCCAUACCCUCAGAUCUCUCGUCAUCCAGCACCACACUCAGCACCGAUGCAUGGCCCACACCUAACGCCUACCUCCCCAUCUCUUCCUGUUAUGCCGACUUUGAACCGCACAAGAUUGUCUUCGACAUCACCCUCUGUGGCGACUGGGCUGGCAACUCAUAUAACCAAAGCGGCUGCAAUGCCCAGUACCCUUCUUGCUCGUAUCAAGUCGGCUACCGAGGAGAGAGCUUCAACCGCUCCUAUUGGGAGGUCGAAUCACUCCGUCUCUACACCAAAGGCGGCGACUCGGCCAACGCUGCCAUUUCGCCUCAGUCAGUCAACAGCAGCCGUCAGAGUAGCAACAAGCAGAGCACACAAUCAUCCGCAGACUCGUUGCUCAAACACUCUUGGAUUAUCCCCUCGGCUGCUGCAUUGGUCGGAUCAUUUGCAUUUGUCGCAGCUUUAUAA